AUGUCUCCUUGCAUCGUCACAGGCAAAGACGGAUUCACAUUCCAUCCGGGACUCCGCAUCCCCACCAACUGGAUCUGUGUGAACAAGAAGCACCUCCCCGAGGAAUCUAACACGCAGAUAAUACACUCUAUCGGAGAGCUACUAAUCCCACAAGUGGUCGAAUGUUACUGCAAAGCACCCGUCUUUACCACGGAUGCAGUGUACGACCAGUGGGGAAACCGAAUGGCCACCGAUUUCAUGCCGCCGAUGUACGCUGACUGUCCCUAUGUGCCCCUGGCACCCAGGUUGUCUCUGAAUGUCAUUGAGCACAGAGGGAUGGCGACAGCUGGAAUUAUAGACACCGCCGGGAUGGCUGCUUGGAGCCCCAUAAUGGCGAACUUGCAGGCCAUUACGGCUGCAGAGGAAACCAAGCGGUCUCCACUAAUGGUAGCAUCCGAAAGACAGUCAACACCACCAAAGGUCGACGGUAGGACCAAGAUAAGGAGCUCCGCCGGCACGAAGAAGAGAAAGGCUGAGACGGUUGAGGAGGAUGCGGUGAAGAAACCCAAGCCAGUCAGGACAUCGAAACGCCUCAGGGCCAAGAAGCAGCCCCUUCAGCCCACAAAAUAA